AUGUCCACCAAUGCAGGACAAAAUAACCCUCCUUCGAAAGCAAUAAACAUCUCAAAUACCCCGGCAGCACCUGGAACAUUCCACUCGACAACUGCAACAGACACCAACGCGCAGCGGCGUACUGGGGGUUCUGGCAGCUUUGGGGCAGGACAAUCUUCACGGAACUCUCCUACUGCAAGGAAUACCCAGAGUCGAAAGAACCAGCCCAGGCGUCAAAAGCAGUCACGGUUAUUGGAUGACGAUGAAUAUAGUGAAUCGGCCGUGAUGAAAUCAACCAAUAGUCGUAAGGGCCAAACGUCCAUUACUCAUCUGAUGAACUUUUCUCUUCCUCCUCGACCACAGUAUCAACCACCACCUCGCAACACCCGGCGGUAUAAUAAUUGGGGUGCCGGAUCUGGACAUCAUGCUGUAGACAAAGCUCGUUAUGUUCAUGCGAACUAUCGAUUUAUCGUGUCUCCCGAUCGCAAUUACCAUGCACAAGCAGCCAAUGCUGACGUUCAUUUGGAUUGGGCGUCGGUGCUUCAGGUGCUAGUGUCCGCCCAGACUCAGGCUGCCAGCUGCCCUAUUUGCUUGUCAACACCAGUGGCGCCACGCAUGGCUCGAUGUGGCCAUAUCUUCUGUCUUCCCUGUUUGAUUAGAUAUAUGCACGCGUCGGAAGAAGAGAAUUCUCUUCCAGAAAAGCGUACCCGGUGGAAGAAAUGUCCAAUCUGCUGGGAUUCUAUCUACUCUUCCGAGACUCGUCCUGUUAGGUGGUUCCGAGGACAAGAAGGCGAUAUACCAUUCGAAGGUGGAGAUGUUGUGCUAAGAUUAGUCAAGCGCGAAACUGGGAGCACUCUUGCCCUUCCUCGCGAUGGCGCUGAGACUCUGGGCAAAGGAGAGGAUAUCCCUUGGUAUCAUGUGGCGGAAGUUGCUGACUAUGCUCGGAUCAUGAAAGGAGGUGAAGAUUACAUGAUUUCGCAGUACGAUGGUGAGAUCGAAGACCUUCGUCGACAAGAAGUUGAAGACGAGCUCUUGUUCGGCGACGAAAAUACUUGGACUCGAAAGGCGAUAUCAUCCAUCAACGCCGCAAAGGCAAUUGUAAAUGGUAUUGGCAAUCCACCAGAAGUCCAGCGCCAUCUUGCUGCCUCUAAGUCAAUCAGCCAACCAACAGCCGAGACUGAGGUCACCCCAGCUCAAUCCGAUGCACUUAACGGCCCGUCCACCGAACAAGUUCCGGCUCCUAGCAUAGAUUCCUCGUCAGCAGGCUCUGCCACUACCUCCGGCGAUACAGAACAGCUAUCUGAGGCUAUGAAUAAUGUGCAAUUAAAAUCAGAGUCCAGCUCCAAAUCACAUCAGAAGAGUAAGGGCAAAGAGGUCCAAGGAUCACAUCCAUCUGAUGAACCCUACUACUUCUACCAAGCCUUGCCACAGUUCUAUUUGUCGUCCCUUGACAUCCGAAUUCUUAAGGCCGCUUUCAACGAAUACGCAUCGUUUCCAGCGACAAUACUACCCCGAGUGGAACAUAUCUCGACGGGUCACAUUGUUGAUGACGAACUUCGCAAACGCUUCAAAUAUCUUGCCCAUCUGCCUUACGGGUGUGAGGUGAAUUUCCUUGAAUGUGACUGGCGAGACGUUGUCGUUCCCGAAGUCCUUGCGAAUUUCCGUACAGAGACCGAACGGAGACGAAAGCGCAACCGCGAGAAAGAAGCGCGUGAGGAGAAGGAUCGCAUCCGUGCAGAGAAGGAAGAAGAUGAUAAACGUUGGGCCGCGGCACGGCGCAAGCAGCCGAGUAUUGAAAGUGCCAGUGAUGCUCCCUUCUCUGCCCAUGACUUUUUACCAUUAUCCAGCAACGACCCUGCGUUGUUUGACACCGGCGCUUCUUCCGCCUCCCCGCCCCGUGCAUCCUCACAAUUUGGGGCUUUGGCUACUCCUUCUUCCAGUCCACCAGGCUCCCGCACUGUCUGGGGAACCACCGCUAUCCCAUCGCUUUCUACGGGUCUAGAGCCUCAGCACGAAGGGUCUCGUGACGGGUGGCUACACAAUUGGGAGGACGAGCUCCUGGCCCAUCAAGAGUCAGAGGUGAUGGCUAUGACAGCACCUAGUGGGCCCUCAUCCUCAUCAGGACCGUCCAAUAGUGGCGGCAAGAAAAAGAAGAAAGGCAAGAUUACAUUGAUGUCCACUAACAGCCACCGUGGUGCUUAA